UGUUUCGGUAGUUCAAAGUGGUCGUCACGGAUAAUUUUUUAAAUUUUCAUUACUUACUAUCAAAAAACAAAUUCUCCAACAGAUUCACAAUAGAAUUAUUAUAAUUUUUCAAUUUUAUUUCUAACGAUUCACUAUUAAAUCUAUAAAAUUUACGAAAAAUAAAAACUUCAAAUUCAAUAAUGAUCUAAUUAUGAUUUUUUCAUGUGCACAUUUUUUUGUUAUCUCAUAUUGUUUAUGUGAUUUUAUAGUACCUGUAUAACAAAAGAUAAAAAAAUAAAUAAAACUAAGUGUUUUUGAGAAAAAAAAAAAUUAAAUUGACAUAAAAAAAUGGCAAAAAUAAUACGAAUGUUUGUUGAAACUUAUCAUUUUUUAAAUGAAGAUGCUGCUGAUCCAAGAACGAAAGACUGGCUGUUUAUUGCAACACCAUGGCCUAUAUUUGGAAUAAUUGUUACGUACUUAUAUUUUGUAUUUACAAUUGGUCCAAGAUUAAUGGCAAAACGUCCACCAUUUAAACUUGAAAGAGUUAUGCAAAUUUAUAAUGUUGUACAAAUUGUUUUAAGUGGUUAUUUAUUUUAUAGAGCAUUAACACUUGCAUGGUGGAACAAUUAUAGUUAUGUUUGUGAACCAGUUGAUUAUUCCGAUGAUCCAAUCGCAAUUCAGAUUGCAAGAACAGUAUGGAUGUAUUUUAUUGUAAAAAUAAUUGAUUUAUUAGAUACAAUAUUUUUUGUUUUACGUAAAAAAGAUAAUCAAAUAUCUUUUCUUCAUGUUUAUCAUCAUGCUGGUAUGAUUUUUGCAACUUGGUGUGGUGUUAAAUAUUUACCUGGUGGACAUGUGACAUUCAUAGGUUUACUGAAUUCAUUGGUGCAUGUGGUCAUGUAUUCUCAUUAUUUGGCAACGUCAUUUAAAAUCAACAGACCAUGGUGGAAAAAAUACAUAACACAAAUGCAAUUAUUACAAUUUUUUUUAAUUCUCAUACAUGCAUCAUUGUUGCUAUUUGUUGAGGAUUGUGGUUUUCCUGUAUGGACACUUGCAAUACUUUUACCACAAAAUUUAUUUAUGGUUGUUUUGUUUGGCGAAUUUUACUACAAUACAUAUGUUAAAAAAUCAAAAAAAAAUAUUACAACAAACCUCGAUAAUAAUCAAAUCUUUUUUGUGCUAAGGAUUAUAUUUAUUAACAUGGCUAAUUUAGUGAAACUCGUUGUCAGUAAUUACAAUGACAUACUGGAAUUUACAAAAGAUCCACAAGUUGAUUCAUGGUUUCUUAUGGGUUCACCAUUUCCAGUUCUUGUAAUUCUCAGUUUAUAUUUAUUGUUUGUCCUCAAAAUUGGACCAAAAAUGAUGGAAAAAAAACCACCAUUUACACUCACAAAAACACUCAUUUUAUAUAAUGCAUUUCAAGUUGUAUUUAGUGUCUGGCUGUGUUCAUUGGCACUUGAUCAUGAUGCGUUAAAAUAUAUUUUAUCAAAUAAUUGUUCGAAUAAAUCUCGUCUCGAUGCAUCUCUACAAACAAUGCUAUCAACAGGAGCAUGGUGGUAUUUCUUUGCCAAAGUCAUUGAACUACUAGAUACAAUAUUUUUUGUACUCAGAAAAAAACAAAAUCAAGUUACAUUUCUUCAUGUUUAUCAUCACUCAAUAACUUGUUUGUUUUCAUGGUGUUAUCUUAAAUUUAUGCCAGGUCAACAAGGACUUGUUAUUGGAUUUUUAAAUUCAUCAGUUCAUAUUGUAAUGUACACAUAUUAUUUAAUUGCUGCACUUGGACCACAAUAUAGAAAAUAUUUAUGGUGGAAAAAAUACAUGACAUGGAUGCAAUUGAUACAAUUUGGAAUGAUGUUGACGUAUUUGAUGACAAUUCUUGCUAUGGACUGUGCAAUGUCAAAGGGUCUUACAUAUUUUUUCGUAACUAAUGUCAUCAUAUUCAUCUACCUGUUCAGUGAUUUUUAUCGCAAGGCAUACAGAAAAAAAGAAGCCUGAAUGUUGUCAUUUGAUAUUCAACAGUGUGACUCGUGUGAAUGAAUUUAUAUAUUUUAAAAAAUAUAUAUAUUAUUAUUUUUAUUUAUUAUUUUUUUUUUUCUUCAAGUGUAUAUUCAUGAUAAUAAUGUUCAACAACAAAUAUACCUUGACAAGCUGUGACGACAAUUUAUAUCGUAUUCUGAUAAUACAUACAUUUAUCAUCGCUAUUUAAUUGCCAAGAAAAUUAACUGUUAAUUGUCGGAAAAAUAGAAAAAUAAAAAAAUUUAAAAUAAUACAAU